CUGGCAACAGUGCCCCGUCGCCAUCGGCCUCAGUCGGAACAGGUAAUCUGUGGCAAUCGGAGCGGCAGUGUUCGAAGCCCGAAUAAAAGUGAUGAGGCCGAAGAGUGAUCUCGAGAUAAACCUCAAGUUAGGGUAAUAUGACGGCCGAUACGUCAGCGAGCGCGAGUACGAGUGUGAGUAUGGGGCGGAAAGGCGAGAAAGAAGUGAUUCACUCGGGGCACUUCAUGGUCUCGGAUUUCGAGGCUGAUGCCCAAGAUGACGAAGAGAACGUCCUCCUGGAGAUCCCUGGCGACGGGGGCAUCGCCAGCAGCGGCUUCACCCUGGCAGGACCCGGGGUCGAGGCCCAGGACCAGGGCGUCAUCACAUACCAUGCCACAGGGAUGGACAGGGCGAGUAGGGUGGAGACUGUGAGCAUCGACAGCUCCCUCACCAAGCUCUUCAAGACGAUGUCCAUUGCUUACAGCCACAAGAUCUCGUCGCCAAAAUGGAACAGAUUUAAGGGCCUGAAACUGUCUUGGAAGGACAAGAUUCGCCUCAACAACGUCAUCUGGCGGUGCUGGCAUAUGCAGUUUAUUCGAAGGAAGAAAAUGACGGUUUGUCAGUUCGCCCUCGAUGUAGACAUACACAAUAAGCCUGAGUCCUUCUCCCUCGAGUGGAAACCGGAUGAGUCACGUGAGGACCCCGGCGCCUCAGAAUCCUCGCGG